AGAUCCCACAGAAAGCAGGAGUAGCACGAGAAGAAGACAACAGACAGUGGUGUCCGAGUGGAGACGAUGGCGGAGCAUCUGCAGGACGUCCUGAGAGGACAUGCGCAUGGAGCCGAGAUGAUGAAGACCAGCUCCAACAUGAUCCGAGUCUUCAUCAGCUCCACGUUCACAGAUAUGAGCAGUGAGAGGAAAGCUCUGCUGGAGAAAGCGUACCCAGAAGUCCAGUCUUUCUGUCGCAGUCUGGGGCUCGUGUUUGAGGUGGUGGAUCUACGUUGGGGAAUUCGAAACAUCACUUCUGGUGAUCACAAGUCUUGUGAUAUCUUUCUGCAGGAGAUGGAGAAGUGUAAGAGGAUUUCAGCUGGUCCAUCUUUCGCUGCCCUGCUUGGGAACCGUUAUGGCCACCGGGCUCUUCCUCGUCUCAUCCCAGAGAAACAAUUUGAAGUUCUUAUGUCCAAACUCUCCAAAGACCCUGAAGGCAUCAAACAGCUGAAUCAGUGGUUCUUAAAGGACAACAAUGCUGUUCCGCCCACCUACGUCCUUCAACCUAUCACAGCUCACUUCCCCCACUACAGUGACCUUCGACCUGAGAGUAGGCCUCAGCAUGACAACAACGUCCUGUCCUGGCGUUUCACAGAGACUCAGCUGUUGCAGCUCCUACGAUCCGCUGCCACCACCGCUGAGGGAGAAGGGGACAUCACAGCGGAGCAGAAACAGCACUUCUUCUCAUCGGUCACAGAGUGGGAAAUUGAACAGGGUUUGUGGAACGAUGACAGCGAAAACUCAGCACUGCUCUUCAUCCGAGAGAUUCCCCGCCAGAGGUUGAGGGACGGUCCCAAACGGUUCGCUAGGUUCAUGGAUGUAACUGCUGAUGGUCUGCUGGAUGCAGAAGCUCAAGGACUCCUCACUGACCUCAAGUCUCGACUCUAUACUGCGUCAAAGAAGAUCCUCAACCUACACUGUGUGGAGCUCAGCAAGGGGAGCGUUGACCCCAAACGCAAAGAGCACGCUCAGUACCUGGACAGUGUCUGUGAGCAGUUUGUGUCACAGAUGGAGGCUCGGAUCACAGCUGUGGUUGAUUCUCCUGGUGAGGGCAGGCGGCGGAAGAUCUGGGGAAGUACUGAGGUAACUGAGCAAACAUCAGACUGGGUGAUUGAAGAGGUUAGACAGCAUAUUGCCAUGACUGCAGAGCUGAGCAAGGGUCUCCAUGGCAGAGAGAAUAUUUUGGGUAAGCUCUGCCUCGCCAUGUGGGAGUCCACCAAUGUCCGGCAUGGCCCGCUGGUAGUCCAUGGGGCUGCUGGGAUGGGGAAGACGGCUCUGCUGUGCAAACUUGCACAAGAAAUGCAGAAAGUCCUGGAGGCCAGAUCAUUGGUGGUCAUCAGAGUCCUUUCAGCUCGUCAUCCUCAAAGACCUGACAUUGAUCAUGUCCUCCACAGCAUCUGCAUUCAGGUUUGUCUAGCAUGUGGUCUGUCUCCACCCUCACCAUUAACGGCUGGCACCCAUGUGGAGCUGCUCAAGUUCUUCAGGAACAUCCUGACCCAGGUCUCCCAGCAUGGGAACACUUUGCUCCUCAUCCUGGAUGCCCUCGAUCAGCUCUCAGACCAGCAUCAUGCUCACAGACUCCACUGGCUCCCUCUUGACCUCCCACCCAACAUACACCUGGUUGUUUCUAUGGAUUCGAGCAGUGAGGUGUUUGCUAACAUGCAGCUAAAGGUGGAGACUUUGGAGAGCUUCUUUGAGGUGGAGCGUUUAUCGCGUGAGGAAGGGAAACACAUUGUGGAGUCAAACAUGAGAGCUUGGGAGCGAACGCUGACCCCCGAGCAGAGCAAUGCUGUGCUGCAGAGCUUUGAGUCAACUGGCUGUCCUCUCCACCUCAAACUGAUUCUGUAUGCUGCCAAACAAUGGACCUCUUUCACCCCACCCACCGAAUUACACCUGGGUGCAAGCAAAAAGGAAAUGAUGACCCAGCUUUUCGUGACGCUGGAGGAGAAACAUGGGAAGGCACUGGUGGCUGGGGCCUUAGGAUACCUUGCACUUGCACGGGAAGGGCUGCUGGAGGCUGAGCUGCGUGAUGUCAUGUCCUUGGAUGACGAUGUCAUCAGUGAGGUGUACCGGUACUCCCUCCCUCCGACUCCCUCAUUGAUCCGGCUACCGCCCUUCCUGUGGGCCAGACUCCGACGGGACCUGGAGGACAUGCUGGAGGAGCGGUGGACGGCUGGGCUCGUCUUCAUUGCCUUCAACAACCGGCAUCUGGUGGAGGAAGUUUCAUCUCGCUAUUUGACAUCCGAGCGGCGGGGGCAGAGCCACAGGAUCAUGGCGGAAUACUUUCUGGGCCGUUGGUCAGGGAAACUGAAGCCUGCAGCUCUGCCUGGUCUGUCGCUGCUCCUCUCAGACAGAAAGGUUCCGCCCCAGCCACUGUGGUUCUCUCCAGGGUUGGCUAACGUUCGGAAGCUUAUCGAGCUGCCCUAUCACCUGCUGCAUGCCGGGCUGUGGGAGGAGCUACGGCUUGAGGUUAUUGGUAAUGCUGAGUGGCUGUACUGUAAGAGCAGGGUCUGUGGAGUGUCCAGUGUGAUCCAGGACUUGGACCAGAGCUCCCAGUACAUGGACUGCACUGAGACCAGACUGCUCAGAGACACUCUGGUCCUCAUCAAACCCAGCCUGGACUUCUUGGACAAUCACAUGGACAUGUCUCUGUUCUACACCGAGCUGAUGGCUCGACUCUGCUCCCUGGCCCCACCCUUCCCCGCUCUGAUUGGCCGUCUGUGCACGCAGUGUGAGGAAUGGCUACUGACGUGUCCUGAGCCCAUCCUCGUCCCGAAGUGCAGUUUCCUGCAGCAGCCAGGGGGGGCACUGCAGCACACACUGAGUGGACUGGAGGGAGGUGUCCUCUGUCUGGAUGUCAGUUUGGAGGCGGAGCUUCUGGUGGCAGGUUCAGAUGAAGGCGUGGUGGCAGUGUGGAGCGUCGUUGACCAGCAGCUGGUCCACACUCUGCUGGGACACACGGGCUCAGUCCUGCUCGUUAAAGUGACUGACAGCUCGUCUUCCUGCCUCUCAUUGGCUGCUGACGGCUGCCUGAGGAGGUGGAGCCUCAUUAACGGCCAGGAGCUGCUCUGCAUCCAGGAGGCGGUGCCUGCUGACUCCUCCCCUUUAUCAGUGCACCUGUGUGAUCAGAAACAGCUGCUCUGGGUUCACAGCAGCUCACAGGUGAACGUGUGGAAUCUGAGCGGCUGUGAGCUCCUCAGCAGCAGCAUGAGUCAGAAAGCCUCUGUGUUCCUUGGAGUUCUGGAUGAUUCGAUCUUUUCUCUCUCUGACUCUGGUCUGGUAACAGUUUCCCAUCCUGUCAGCAAGGCGCCGGCUGUGGAGGUUCGGCUGGAAAACUCACAGACGUCUUUGACUCCGGUCAAAUUUGUUGUGUCGCCAAAACGGGGGAAGAUGAUUGUGGCGACAACAGAAGGAUUUCUUUAUCAGAUUUCCAGGUCAGGUGGAAUCUCAGCAGUGGAGUUUCCUCUGGUUCCUUCUUUACUUUCUGUGACUGAAGAUGAAAAAAUACUGAUAGCAGCCGCCGAGCGAACGCUGAGCCUCUUCAACCUCGACAGAGACGCUGUGGACAAAUUCCUCGACCUCCAACAUGAAGACACCGUUCUGUCCGCCUGCAUGUCUUCAGACGGGAGGACGCUCGCCUCCGGAGCUGCCGACCAACUCAUACGGAUGUGGUCAGUGACCACGGGCGCGCUGCUGGACACUCUGUGUGGUUCAGACGCUCCCGUCACCUCCGUGCUUCUCCAUAAAGGUUUUGUGGUUUCGGCCUCCGCCGCUGCUGCUUCUGUACAUGUGUGGAGCCUGAAAUACGACGGGCAGCACAAACCCACCGCACGCGUCCCGUCAGGCUGCGCUCACGUCGCCAUCACCAAAGACGCUGAGCGCGUUUUCUUCGUCCGACACCCGAGUCAGACAGAGGUCAUCAGCUGGAACAACAGCAAAGGUUCUGUGUGCGAUCGUUUGGCCGUGUCUGCUGAAGUCUGCUGUCUGGAACUGGCUCAGCAGAAGCGUUUACUGCUCUGUGGUCUGACCACCGGCACCGUCCUCAUCUACCCGCUGGCUCUGCCUCAGGAGACGCUGUGCAUCCCGCCCUCAGAGAGUCUGAGCCGGGUCCUGAGCCUGGCCGUCAGCUCGCAGGAGAAACACGUGGCCGUGGCGUACGAGGACUCGGUGUGUUUAUUCGAGAUCACGGCCAGAGACAGUUUCCCCUCGGUGGACGGUCCGCUGCAGAGGUUCCCGCUGUCCCUCCUCCACGCCCCGCUGUCCUCCAUGGCGCUGCUGUCCGACCGCAGGCUGCUGUACGGCACCAGCUGUGGGGAGGUGAGGCUCUACGACUUCAGCAGUGGCAGAAACUCCGACCUGGAGCCUCAUCGCAGCAGAGUGACCUGCGUGACGGUCAGUAACUGGGGGAAACACGCUCUGGUGGGAUCAGAGGACGCCGUGCAGAGACUGUGGGCCCUGAACCCACCAACCCUGGACCACAUCAUGGAGUACAAGGGCUUUUUCUUCGAGGGGGUCCUCUGUGCUGCGUUCUCUGACAGCGACCAGUUCGUUUUCACUGGAUCUCAGGACAGAACCGUCAAAGUGUGGGACGUCGCCAAAGGAAACCUCCUCUACGUUCAGUACGUGUACUCGCCCGUCGUCAGGAUGGUGACCUACAGGAACGGCUUCCUGGCGCUGUCUCGGCACGGCGCUGUCAUCAGAGAAGUCUUCCGCUGUCCGGAGCACGUCAGUGCGGACUACAACCCUCUGAGGAACGUUAAGGCCCAGUACCGCGUCACGUCCAGGGAGAAGAGCGGGGACAAGAGCGGGGACAACCAGGAGACAACAUCGGCGUGCGACCUGCAGGACUUCAACCCGGCCCAGUUCAACCUGAACCUCAUCAACAUGAUGAGAGACAAACCCUCGCCCACCUGCACCGUCCUCUAGGACAAAGACGACCAGGAUCAUAAGACCACAGGCUGGCGACACCACAUUCCACUAAGUGUUCCAGAAUAAUCAAGUUUUAAAUGAUGCAUUCAUAUAUGAUGCAUAAUUUUUUAUUAUAUAGAACUAAUGUUAAUGUGCUUUUAUGAAAAAGGUUUUAAUAAAAGUUUCUCUUGCUUUGAGACAAAAAAGACAAAAGCUGUCCACAUAGGAUUGAAGGUGAAAUAUGUUUGUUUUAAAGUUUGAACAAAGAAAAAUAAAUCCUUGCUUG